AUGGUCUUCCUCAACAAUAUCGAGAUCACGCUUCGACCAGACAGCAGCGAGCCGCCGACCUACGAAGAGCUGCACCCAACUCACCCUGACUUCCGCAAGCACAAUCGUGCCGCUGCUCCUGAUACCUUUGCCGAAUACGACGACCCAGACAACUGGAACUUUGCACCAACCAACCGAUACAAGGCUGUAUACGUUGAGGUUCCCGCGUACGGCGCCAGAUUCGGCAUCGAUAUCACGAUCGCCCCUCGCUUCACUCACUGUGGCUGGAACCGCGUUAAGUUUGACGUAUUUCUUCAAGGUCGAAUGGUCGGUUUCGUCUUGACCAGAGAAGAGCUCUUCCGUGCUCAAGGUCUAUUGAAGCUGCGGCUUGGGGCUGUCUUGCCACAGAGUGCUGUUGGUCAAGGGCUCGUGGCUGCUGGAGCACAGAAGUUGAUCUUCGCUGAUCCCGGCAAUUACCUGAGUUCGCGACAGAGCAACGCAGGGACUGUCACAAUCCAGGUUCGCUACUGGAAUGAGCAGCCGAACCGAACAGAGGUCAGCAGUAUGGUUCAAACCUUUGUUUGGCGCUACCGCACUUCCGAAGACAUGUUCAAAUACAACAUUUGGAACAAGAUCAUCGCCGCGCGGCCUCCAGACGGUGCUCCAAGCCAGAACAUACAUGCUCCAGUCUCUCGUAGUGGCGUCGAUUCUUCUCUUGCUCCUGCUGUAACCCAACAGACCGCGUCUUCUUCAGCUCCAAUCCAUCGCACACAACCUCAGAGCCAGAAUGCCGCGAGUCCAGAUGAUCCGAAUACUGGCAAUACUCUGAAUGUCGUGGCUCCAACAGGCGGUCCACAAGCCCAGCUCCAGUCAACUGUAUCUACCAACCAGCAAGAUCAUGUGUCAGGCAGCCAUGAUCCCGUUGCUUCCGCCACUAGCCAAGCGUCCAAGAUCCAGCAAAACGUCGAAGCUCUCACACGCGCUACCUAUGACGGUCGCUUCCUUCAGAGUCAAGCUCAAGCUCCCACUCGCGCCACAUAUGGUCUUCGCUUCUUCCAGAGUCUCGAGCAACUCAAAGCCGCACUCGCCGCCGACCAGAACGACAGCAACGAGAUCGAGGGCAUGAAGGGUCAGCGUCGCUCGAAGAUUCUCAUCAUCGAGAAGGCUUUCAAUCAGCAAUUGACCGAUCGUAACAAGCAAUUCCUCGACUUGGAAUUGACAGCGUUGGAGCGCGAGAUCUUGGGGACGAAUGGCACUGAUGUUGCUCAACUGUGGAAGACGAGCAUCGCGGUAGAUGCUAUUCGGGCUGCGCGUAGUGCCUUUGCUGCAUUGCGAUAG